ACCACAUUUCCCCAUUUCUCAUCCCUACUAUCAUCUCUCUCUCUCUCCCAUCUCUCUCCAUCUUUUUGGAUCUUUAUACACAACUAUUAAUCAUGAAGUAUUUGCAAAAAUGAUGAAAGUGAAUCAAAUAAAAAAAUUCAUACCCAAAUGUUUACUUUUUUCUAUUUUCUUGUCCAUUAUUCUCCUCUUUCUUAUUUCUCUAAAAUACAACUUUAAACCCGAAACUCCUCCCCAGACCGAAAAUAAAGAUAUACGGAUCAGACCCGGAUAUCCAUCCUACGACUCCUACAUUCAGCGUCAGCUUAACAAGACCCUUAACCCGAAAUUGCGUGAAAUAUGGACGACCCGAGAUUGGGACCGAAAAAUACAAGUCUUUUCUAUUUUUUUCGACAACUUGAAACGUGAAAAUCUGUUAACAAACUCUUCGAAAGCUCUUUGUAUUGGAGCUCGGGUCGGGCAAGAAGUGGAGGCUCUAAAACGGGUCGGAGUAACCGACUCGGUUGGCAUUGACUUGGUACCGUACCCGCCACUUGUCAUCGAGGGUGAUUUUCAUAACCAACCGUUUCAUAACGAGACUUUUGAUUUCGAGUUCUCUAACGUAUUUGAUCAUGCAUUAUAUCCUGACAAGUUUGUGGCGGAGAUCGAACGGACGUUGAAGGCCGGGGGAAUUUGCGUUCUACACGUGGCAGUUUCGAGACGGGCUGAUAAGUACUCUGCAAACGAUUUGUACAAUGUUAGAGGACUUAAAGCAUUGUUUCUGAGAUCAGACUGUGUUCAUGUUAGGAAAGUUGACGGGUUUGGGUUGGAUACAGAAGUAGUUUUCAGAAAAAGGAAUUCAUGAGCUUGCUUUGUUUUAUUUUUCAUAGCAUUUUUUUAUUGGUAUUAUGGUUUUUAGGGCUGUUUCGCAAACCAUGAGAAGCAGUUCUUCUGGUUUUUAGGGCUGUUUCGCAAACCAUGAGAAGCACUUCUUCUCCAGAGAAGUUGGCUUGUGAUUUUUUUAACCCGUUUGUGUAAAAAAACUAAAAAAGCAGAACCACGAAGUUACAAA